GAAAUUGAAUUUAUAGGUGCGUUCAUGAUUGUCUGUAACUAACCGUAAUAAAAGUUACGGUCUGUUAUGGAAAAGUAAAAUACAAGAAUUCUUAUGGCGUAGUUCACGUUGUCCGUAACCGUAACUUUUUGUUUUACAGAAAAGAACAAAGAAAAUUACAGAAAAGUAAAAAAUUUUUUACUUUUCUGUAACAGGCCGUAAGAGUUACGGACAAUCAUAAACGCACCUUAUUUUAUGAAUUUUUGGACAAGAAAAAUUGAAACACCUAAACCACAACUCAAAAAAUUUUUGCUUGAUGUGAACGUGAUAACAGACACAACAAAAACACUCAAGUUCAACUUCAAAUUGAACUUUCGUGCUUUUCUUUUGGUUUUACCCGUCUGCGUUUCCAUUUCAUGAUUUCAUCAUACUUUUUUCAAGUCCGUCAUUUUAAAAAGUGCUAUUAGUGAAUUGUUGAAGUGAGAAAAAUAUGAAUUUUAAUCCAUGCUCUCAACGUAAAAUAAUACUGCUAUAUCGAGAUCUUCUAAAAUAUGGAAGAAAUCUACAGCUAACUGAUAAAGAAUAUUUCAUGAGUAGAGUUAAGAAUGAAUUUAAACAGAACAAGAAUCUUGAAGAUCCAGCUGAGAUAGAAUUUCAAUAUAAGAAAGGAAUAACAUUGCUGAAAAAUAGCCGUAUAAUUUAAGAUGAAUUGGAGACAGAGUUUGCUUUCGCAUCAAUCUAUUAAUUUAUUAUCCGUUUCUAAUUAUAUACGCCGAUUUCAUCUUAGUAACUACCAGAUUUUAUGUAAGAAAUACGAUUUAGAUUAUUCUAACUACCCAAAACUAAAUAAUGGGGAUUUGGAAGAACAGUUUGUUAGAGGAAGUGGACCCGGAGGACAAGCUGUAAAUAAAGCAAUGAAUUGUGUAGUGCUCAAACAUAUACCGA